CGUUGAACCACCCUUUAGCUCCAGCAACCUGCUUUCAUUACAAAGCACUUUGGGAAUUAGAGUUUAUGUCCACCGCGUCCGAGAAAGCGGUUGCAAAUUGCCGCUGCGUUGCUGUUGAUCUAUUCGCGGGGUUUUUUUAUUUGUGUGUUGCGGGGGGUUAUCUAGACAGGAGAGGCAGCGCUGGCCGCGGCUGCUGAUGUGUGUCGCUGCUGCAGUCGUGCAGGGUGCGAGGCGCGCUUCACUACAAGUCCCGGGGCCCCGCUCGCUCUCGCUGGGCUGCUGCAGGUUGCGCUCAUCACCCGAGUAACAACACACCCCGCAUUCCAGGCAGCCCGUGUCCAGGAACAGUUGUCCAGCUCAACAUAUCACUGAAGGAAUAAUGCUCGAAUUAAGGAAUUUGAUAUAAUGGCUGUUGAAGCUGUUCAUUGUAAUAACCAGAAUGGUGUGGAUCAUGCUGUUUGUACUGAAGAUGUAAGCCUACAAGUACUUGGUGAUCCAGAGGUCUUGAAUUCAAAUGAUGAAAAGAUUUUAAGAAUUGUGGAAUCAAAUGACAUUCCAAAGACUCUUCACGUGCCUGAAACCGAAUCGGUGAAGUCAAAUCCUGGUCAAGUGAAGCUCAGCAAACCAGUAGCUCUGUGGACUCAGCAGGAAGUUUGUAAAUGGCUGAAGAAGCACUGUUCCAAUCAGUAUCAGACCUACAUCGAGUCCUUCAAACAGCAUGAUAUAACAGGUCGAGCGCUUCUGCGAUUGACAGAUAAAAAACUGGAAAGAAUGGGUAUUGCCCAAGAAACACAGCGACAGCACGUACUCCAGCAAGUCCUGCAUCUGAGAGUCCGGGAAGAAGUUCGAAAUUUGCAGCUACUGACUCAAGCAGGUAUAGUGCAACAGACGGCAAGAACCAGGAAACCUGCUGUUAGUGUGCAAAAGAGAGAACCCGGGGAACCUGAAGACAGAGGAGCAACUCGCAGAGCCUCUCUGGGCAACUCGCUGUAAGGUCCAGUUUUCGAAGCUCGUGUUUCGAAUUGUUGGCACAAGGACAGAAAGCUGUGGCUUUCCAUUCUCGGCUUCCACUGCGGGAUGGUAACUCCGGAGUGCUGGAAAACCACUAUCCUGAGCAACUCUUCCAGAAGCUUUUGAGAACUGGUGGAAUUUGGGACCCAAAUGUACAUCAUCAUUUAAAUUAUUCAGCUCUUCAACACUCGAGAAGACUCAUUAACAAUCUCAGUUAUUUAACAGUUGAUCUUUUUAAGCCAAUUAGAUACCUAACAAAACUGCGUUGAUUAUCCGUUGGUGUUGUGUGAUAAUGGUUCAGUUAGUGUGAGGUUCAAAACUCGUUUGGCACCCUUAAGUUCUUCCUUAUGCCAGAAGUCAAUGCUUCUUUUAGAAACAAAAAAGAACAUAGAAAUGAAUUACUGUAAUGACUGUGAAAUAAAUACCGACCAAUGUAAAGAACACACAGGGAAGAGGACAGUAGCUCUCACCUUUACACCUGCAGCAUGAUGGUUGGCGUGAUGAACUGAAAAUGAUACCAUCCACCACAUUCAGUUUUUCAUCGGACUUGCAAUUGCUAUUAUACCACUUUGCAUUAUUUUGCAAGCUUCUAAGUUGCAAGAUGCAAGAACUUUCAGAAAGUGGAUUCAUGUUCAUAGUAUUAAUACAAAAAAUUGUUGUUCCUCCCCUGUGCUUCCUUCCUCCUUUACACUCUCCAGAAAUCCGUCAUAUUAACCUAGCCACUAAAUCUCAUGAAGGGUCUGGGAAUGCAAGCAGAAUUAGAAACCCUUUGAAUUUACACUGAUAGUUACUUACAACAACGAACAAAAACUUUAAUGUAAAAAUUAGUUAGACAUUUCUUUCAGUUAUACUUUGUGAAAAGGAUGUGUUGAUCUGCAACUAUGUUAUCCAACAAAUGUAGAAGAGGUAAAUACUAUUAAUUUUUGUUAAAAUGCUUCCUGCAGAUUGUUAAGACUGUAAAAUACACAAUCUAGUGUUAUAAUCCAAUAUUUAAAUAUCUAAAUGUGAUUUUUAAUUUACUCAACUGAAAAUUGUUAAGAGUAGUGUUGCUACUGAAAACCAAACUGUAAAGGGCCUGCCCACCGAGGUAAUUUUUUCGGCGGCUGUCACAGUCAUAGCAGGUUCUCCAAAAAAACGGCGACUGGACCCCCCCACGACAAUGUCUACGACACCCUUCCACCUAGCCGACAACCGGUGACCCAUUAGGAAGUCCACCUAUGAUCACACCUACGACAACCAAAGUCAACCUACGUCCCCAAGCUACGACAAGGUACGACCCUGUCGGCGACAACUGAAGACAAAGGCAGACAAUUCAGUUGCUGGUACCUCUCGCCGGUUGACAUAGGUUGAUAUAGGUAGUCACCAAUGGAAUUCACUGAAGUCAGCACCCAGCGACAACCAACGUCACCUGGCGACAACCUGCGUCAUCCUGGUAACAACCUACAUCAGCACCUACAACAGGAGAAGACAAGUCACGUCAAGCCCAGUCGCCAAUACGUUUUGAACAUUUCAAAAUCCACCUGUAGUCGCUGAAAAAAUCGCCUGUGGGAAAGGGGCUUAACUCACCCAAUCUGGUGUUACAAUCCAAGAUUUAAAUAUAUGUGAUUUUUAACUUGCUCCACAGUCUAAAGGUAAGAUCUAGCCUUUGGAUUUACUUUAUGUGAUUUUAAUAUUUCAGAUGAACUCAGCUUGCAAUCUGUAUGAUUCAAGUAUUUUUUAUUAUAUUACAGUUCUACUUGUUUUUCUCUGAUUUUUUUUAUUCACUACAAUAUAAUCUGCAUGUGGUAAUUUGCAUAUGGGUGCCCAGCCCCACCCCUAAGUAUUGACCUUCAAUACAUUUGUUUUAAAUUUAUUGACUUGUUCGGAAAUUGUCCAAAUCACAGGAGAAAGAGCAGAGAUAGAAGUAGGUACUCAAGUUGUCAGGACAUGAUGAGUGGUGUUCACAAGGUUCUAUGUGGAGACUGGAAUUAAUGAAUACACAUGUGAAUUGGAUAAUGGAUGGAGAGACACAUGCUCAUAUACCAAUGAUACAAAGAUAGACAAGAUUGUAACCAUUUCAGACGAUGCAUUAAAUGACAAAUAUUAUUCAUAUAUAAUAUAAUAAUAUAUAAAUAUUAUUCAUAAAUGGCAAAACUGUGGUAUCUAGAUAAUUUCAUUAAAUUGCCAUGGAUAAUUUCAGUGGAACAUUGGCCUUUGCAUCCAAAGAAGUAAAUUGCAGAGGGAUAACUUUACCACAAUAACGCAAAGCCUACACCCGGAGCUUUUCUGAACAACACACCUUCAAAAGCAUAUUUGAUCACAGAAAAAUACAUUCUUUUUAAAAGUCCUAGGUGUUUCACGAGUGUCAUUGGCCAACAUUUCUACAUGCAAAGGAUUGUUUAGAACUCGUUCACAAAGGUGCAUGGAUGCCGGGUCAAGUCCGAAUUUUAAAUAUGAGUGGUGAAUUUGUGUUGCUCAAAUCUUUAUACCAUUGAUUAAUAGGCAGGUAUGUGGAGGUUAAUUACCCUCAUUUUGUUCCUAUAUUCCUUUGAUCUCUUGUCUAUACAAGUAAUACAAUGUGGGCCAGGAAGCACAUCCUAAAUAAAAUGCAUUUGGCAGAUUCUAUUGGCAAUUAGUACUAUUAAGUUCUACUUUUUUAAUUUUGAAGUGAACCUCCAGGUUCAUGUUAAUUUUUUUUUUAAAUGGGAAUUAUUAAACAAGAUAGUGCUGCUUACCACUGAAAAUAAUGAGAAUCUUUCCUGUUCUUUCUUUCCAUUCACUUGGUCCUCGUGUCAAAUUCAGCAGAUACACAGGCAUUUUAUUUUUAGGAUCGUUACACUUUGUACAAAAAUGACACUGAUCCCUGUCAAAUGUUUUGCACAAAAAAAAAUGGAUUGUCUGGGGAAAAUGAUUUUAGCAGGUGUAAUUUCCAUAUAUGUAAAUAAUGGUAUGCACAGUUAAAUCACUGGUGUACUUUAAAUCAUCCUUUGAAGAUAUACUCAUAUUCGAGUGAAGUCUGCAGAGCUGCAUUCUUAAUCACUGAAGAAUUGUUAUCGUUCAGCUGCAUGUGAAUAUACUACUUUUGAACAACCUUUCUGAAUGCAAAGUCAUAUCAGAAAUGAUUAAGACCAGCAAUUUUUACCUGCUGUUUGUGAAAUUCUUUAGCCAGGUAUGCAUAAAUCAUGGUUCAAUGUCAAUAGGAAAGAUUAAGGAAGCUAAAUCCAAAAGAAUAACUAUUAAGUAGGCAAAACAUUUUUCGGUGGCGCAGCGGUAGAGUUGCUGCCUUACAGCGCUUACAGCGCUUGCAGCGCCAGAGACCUGGGUUCGAUCCCGACUACGGGUGAUGUCUGUAUGGAGUUUGUACGUUCUCCCCGUGACCUGCGUGGGUUUUCUCCGGGAUCUUCGGUUUCCUCCCACACUCCAAAGACAUGCAGGUGUGUAGGUUAAUUGGUUUGGUAAAUGUAAAAAUUGUCCCUGGUGUGUGUAGGAUAGUGUUAAUGUGUGGGGAUCACUGGUCGGCGCGGACCCGGUGGGCCGAAGUGCCUGUUUCCACGCUGUAUCUCUAAACUAAGCUAAAUUUAAAUUGUGAACAUUCAUUCCGAAGUUAAUAGUUUACCUUGCAUGCAAGUGAAAUGACUGUUCUUGACAUAACACAUCUGGUAAACAUGUUGGCAUUAGACUUGAGCUAUGAAACAUCCCUUGUUCUGCAUUUGUUCUGAAUGGAGAUGGCUAAUCAAUACAGGGGUGCAUCUUGGAGAUCUCCAGAGCUAAACAGCAAAAUCAGUUACUUGUGAUCACUCAGUAAUAUGUUCUGAUGAUAUGUUACCUGUUAGCACAAGUUAGCAUGAGUCACGACUCGUAAUUUAUUUUUACCUAGAAGUUGAAUUAGAUUCAACAAAGUGAUUUUGAAAGUUGCUGAAUAUCAUUUUUGUCCAUCUACAGUUUGCAAAAAUUGUAAUCCUUUGAAUUUUCACUAACCGCCCGCCCCAUCCCGAACAAAAAUAGAAAAGGAAUGUGCACAAAUUUAAUUUAAAUUUUUGUUUGAAAUGGACAGCCUAGUAAAAAUUACAUAAUACCACCACACUCAAGAACUUUUAUUUCAAACCUGCGAACAUGGACUGAAAAGUUAAAUUGAAGAAAAUUGGUAAUUAAAUUCAGAACUAAAUUUUCCCCAUCUCAUCUGCUUCUUAGUCAUUUCCUCUGCAUCCACUCCCUGUUAUCACCACUUCUGCUGUCUUCACAUUUUCCUGGUCUCCUUAUCCACUAAAUUUAAAGUAAAUCUAAGUGACCUCCGUGUCCUGUUAGUAUCAGUGCUGUUAACAUAAUGGGGACUAAGUGUUUAUUAGAACCUCUUCUCUCAACACUUAACAGGUUCUACAUUAUUUUUUACACAUUUGCACUUGUGAAAAAGAUUCUGCAAUAAUUGUGGUUUCCCUUCGUACAAUCAUUUCUAAACUUUUUUAUUUCUAAAUUUGCAGUACACUGACUGAACAAAUGAAAUUAAAAAAUGUUUUGUUAUCUUGGAUUGCAAGUGGUUUCUAGGUUUUCUACCAAUUGUUUUCACUAUUCUCUCUAACAGUAAAUUGCCAUGGUCAAGAAAAACAAUGCUUUGGAAUAAUUACCAAGCCGUAAUCAAAGAGCCAAACCUAAUUUGAGGAAGGACAUCCUUGUGAUUGAGGCAGUGCAGCGAAGGUUCACGAGAUUGAUCCCUGGGAUGGUGGGACUGUCAUAUGAGGAAAGAUUGGAAAGACUAGGCUUGUAUUCACUGGAGUUUAGAAGGAUGAGGGAGGAUCUUAUAGAUACAUAUAAAAUUAUAAAAGAACUGGACAAGCUAGAUGCAGAAAGAAUGUUCCCAAUGUUGGGCGAGUCCAGAACCAGGGACCACAGUCUUAGAAUAAAGGGAAGGCCAUUUAAGACUGAGGUGAGAAAAAAUGUUUUCACCCAGAGAGUUGUGAAUUUGUGGAAUUCCCUGCCACAGAGGGCAGUGGAGGCCAAAUCACUGGAUGGAUUUAAGAGAGAGUUAGAUAGAGCUCUAUGGGCUAGUGGAAUCAAGGGAUAUGGGGAGAAGGCAGGCACGGGUUAUUGAUUGGGGACGAUCAGCCAUGAUCACAAUGAAUGGCGGUGCUGGCUCGAAGGGCCGAAUAGCCUCUUCCUGCACCUAUUUUCUAUGUUUUGCUCAAGUACUUUGUAAUAGUCAUCUACAUGUAGGAGGAGUUCCAUAAAAUUGGUGGUAGCAGUUUGACUUUUCUCUAUGGUGUGUCAGAGCAGAUGUGGGCAGAAACAUCAAAAGAUUAUAAUCAUAGCCAAUUUAACGAAAAUAUACAUUUUAUUUCUAGAAUGACAAACUGCGUUUUUGUGCACAAGGACAUUCCAUUAUGCUUCAGACUGUUUUUACAAUAAAGUUUUGCUAACGCCAAUUGUUAAUAUUACAAACACCUUGUGUUUUCCUGUACAACUGGAAAACUCUGUAAUCUAAUUAAGAAUUGUUUUGCUCUGAAUAAAUGUCUUCAUUCGAACAAACAGAUUUAAAACACUGUGGUGCAAUCUAUCCAAUUCUUUGACUUGCAACUAGACAAACUAUGUGUGAACUGAAAAGUAAUGCCAUAGCUCAGUGAAGCUUUGGGAAUAGAAACUUAACCUGAAAGAAUUUUGGAUGAAGAAAGAUGAACUGUCUAUUUAUGCAUGUAUAAAAAUGUGAUGUUCACAAUAAAGAUGUAUUGAUUAUAGUA